GAACCCUACAGAAUGAGAGCGUGAGAGGACCCAGGUGGUCAAAACCAUCCUAUAUCCCAGGCUUAUGAUUCCCAGAAAUCCUCCUCAUUACUCCAUGAGACACCCCUAUGACAUUUUGAAUGGAAAGGUCUACAGCUGUUAUUCCAGCACCACUAGGGCAAUAGACUAACAGAGCUAUGCACCACAUCAGGUUAGAAGAGAAAUUUGCUACUGGAAGUAGCCAACAGACAAGUGUCUGCACUAUGAUAGAUAUCCUCACUGGCAGCAGCAGCAGAGAAAAGGCUGGAACAGCGUAUGGAGAUUAAUUCCUUUUCCUUCCCUUCCCUUCCCUCUUCCCGUCCUCCCCUCCCAGGUUCUACAGCGUGUCCCACCAUGUCAAGGCAAGGCUUGGGGUAGCAUAGAGAAGCUUGCAUUGCAUUCUGCCAAAUGUGAGGAAGGACUUACACACACUGGAAUUCAGCAAAUUCACAACCACUGCAACACUUUUAAACAAACAGAAAGAAACAAUGCACUAGGCUGGCACAUUGUGCUGGUGUCUUAAAGGGGCAUGGUUGACUUUAUCUGGUCAAUAUUUAUGCCUGCCCCUUGCUCCAUUUUCCUAAGUUUAUGGGGUUCUUCUACACAGAAGAUUCACACAACCAACUGAAAGUCAUGUAUAACAUACUGUCUAAUAUACAAAGGGACUAAAUGAAGGAAUCUUCUCUCUUGGUUUCCUUCAAGCAAAGGAAAACAACUUCAGAUGUAAGGUAUUCUGAAUUAAUAGCAUUUUUCAGUGAUAUCUGUUUUCUGUUCUUCACUCAAGUUUUUACUGCUAAUCCUAGAUUUAUUGUUCUUGGUCACAGUAGUACAAACCAUUUCAAAGUAAAUCUGGUAUGCUAAAAGACACUCUUCUUUUACUGAAUUUCUGAGACAGCCUUCCCGCAAGAAUUAAACUCUUGCCAUUUCAAAUACUGUCCAAGUACAAUAAAAGCACACUGGGUAACUUGUUCAAGUUCUAUAGCAUCAUUAGCAUCUGAUGCCAAGCAUACCAUGUAAUUAAAACUCUGGUGCAGUCUUGCAUGUAUCUUGCCAGUUACAGAACCAAAAACCACUGUAAAAUGUAAGCCUCCCUAAAGUGCGUUUACUCAGAAGUGGCUGUAUAAAAUUAGCACCUGCCAGAUCUGCUCCCAUGUGUUUGAGAAUCCUUUGCUUUUCUGACAAAAACACAUUGGUAUUAACAGUGAGGAACCACUCUAGUGAUGAUACCUCAAGCCUCAGUAUUUAAUCCAAGGUUCACUGCAGAAUUUUUAGUAUGAAUAUGCCCCCCCUCACUUCAAGGUUUAUUCAAGAUACUGCAAAGCUUUGAGACACUUGUCUUCUUCACUUGAUGCUCAAAAGGUAAAAAGCCUUCCUGACCAAAAAGAAAAACUGAAAAUGAAGAGAGCAAAUUUCACAUUUAUCAGAUAUAUUCAAAGCUGUCCAAACCAAUAUUGAAUGUGGCUAUGACAGUGAGGCAUGAAAAGCCUCUUAAAGCAAAACUAGGCACCUGCAAGGAAGUCAGCAGGUGUGAAUUCACCAUCGUAUCCCAGGAAGGAGGCUCCUCUAGCUGAGGGAUAAUACGAGAUACCAGGAGGAUACAGAACUAACUGAACUCUCAGAAUGGGAAGCUUGGAGGAUGUUACACUGUAGGUAGUAUCUUAGCAACUAUAUAUAUUAAUAACUGAUACCAUGAGACAACAGCAAGGAUGUAGUUAAUACCCAAGACAGGCCAUACUUGGGCCAAAUAAAAUGAACUGUCUGCAGAUGAACUAGGAUGCUUUCCAGCUAAACCUGAAGCCCUUCUCCAAUGAGCACAGAUUCCUUUUUGCCAUCUGCCUGGCUUGAUUAAUUAGCCAGCACGAGGCUCUUGCAUGUGAGUCACCAAUACCAGAAUGUGUUUAUCUCUACCUCGCAUUCUAGUGUUAAAAAUAAGAGGCACAACCCUUCCCCUCCAUCUGUGGAUCUCAGUGACACAGCCAGCUCUGUCAGAAAUAUCUUUAGGUAGAGCUAUAGAGGGAGAAUCAAAGUGCUGCUGAGGGGGGAAAAAAUCAUGUUGACAGGUCCCUCAAUUCAAGUGCCUCUCAGGAAUCUUGCCUUCUCCUCAGGCAGUGUGGGCUGAUGCUUCACCAUUCUACACACCUACUUCCUGCAAUCCUGGCAAUUACCAAUAGUGUAAAACCCAGUUUCUGACGUGGCUGACUCAGCAAGGGUUUGGCUCAAAACAAAUACAUAUGCACAAGGAACUGCAGCCUGGGAAGCAGUGACAAGAGACGGAAGAGAAGAGAGAGAUGAAGAGAAAGAGAUUUGGUGGAUUUUAACAGCCGUUUCCAAACCAACUUAGCCCUGCCUGGAGUUGCUGCUCCCAACAUACAAGCAGCGUCUGGUGUGGUUCUCUGUACUAAGUGCUUCAGCUACCUCUCCUUUCUACCUGCCUAACUCUGCCCUGCUCCAAUACAAGCUACCAGAGUUGAAGGUAGGAGACUGUUCCUGACUGAGUUUUCACUAAUCGUGCCAUUAGAGUCCUGAGACUGAUCUUCCUUUCCUCAUCUCACCAUGGAUACUUGGCGGAGAGGAUCCAUUAAAUCCUCAACGUUCUUCAAGCGUUUUUCACUCAGGAGGCAUAAAAAGCUGGGAAAUCAAGUCAUCAUCUUGAAUCAGAAUAGCAACACAAUUGACAACGAUGGGCAGUACCAUAAGAGGGAACUAAGGGACCUGAAGGACAAAUCGGAAUACUUGUCAUGCCAGAGUGAGCAAAACCUUGCCAAGGCACAGGCACCUCCCAAGCCUCCCCGGCUGUACCUGGACAGUUCCAGCUGCCCCAACAUAAUCGACCACACAGAUUCCCCCUCUAAAGACGUCUCCUUUUCCAGUGCCAACCAUCAGUACCACAAAGCUACUCAAACGCAACAGGCUCACAUCCACAAGGACCAGGCUACAGACUGGGGGACUGCUGAGAGAGGCUCCCAGACUGGCUCACCUCUUUAUGAUCCGUCUGACCCCUUCUUUUCCUUCAAAGUGGACUUGGGGCUAUCACUCCUUGAGGAUGUGCUGCAGACCCUCAGGAAACAGAAUCCCAGAGAUUACACUAUUUGAAAGCACCUGCCAUUUCAUUUAUUGAGUUAAUCAGCAGGACUGACAGUUUUUUAGCCCUAACAGAGGAAGGGAUACCAUUGUAUCCCUUACUCUGAGGGUUUGUCUUAUUGUCCUGCCUUACCCACCACAGGCUGCUCCUGUCCUUUCUUACAGAGCUGUCAGUCACCCAACCACCUGCUGGAAUAAAGAGAAGCAUUUCCAUUCACCAGACUACUCUAGAAAUUUUUCUCCUGCUGUUUAUCACGCACCUCAUCCUGGUAAAAGAAACCACUUUACUUGGCAACACAGAGACUUACUAUUUUUGGAACAUAAUUGAGACUACAGAAGGUGUGGGAAUCAAGGUGGACGGAACAUGCAUGGUUCAUGGGUUACUGGACAGUCUGGAUGGGAAGGCAGCUCCCACAUUUCAAAGCUAUAGCUGAGGAAUUGAGAACCUGUCCGAAGAGAGAAACUGGAGUGUUUAACCCAUAUCACAAGCGGAGAUCCUAGAAAUGAAGAUUAAGGAUGUUCCUUUUUCUGGUGGGUUUCUUUCCCAAUAGCUCUAGUGCGAUGGGCAUUCAUAGUCACCUUGUCACUGAAAACAGGUAAGCAGCCAGAAAGACUCCUAAUAUAGGAUCAGCAAAUUCUCCAUCUUGCUAGCAGGAGAAGGAGCUUCUGUAGAUAUUGCUUUCUGGAGCUUGUUCUGACUAAUCAGCUGUAAAGAUAUAUGCGAGAAUAAAUGUAUCUGUUCUAAA